CUCGUUUCCGGUCGCGCAGGCGUGGAAGGCUGCAAGUCCGGCCAGGGGCUGCAGGAAAGAAAAAAAGAUCCCAUUUGCUGCGCAGAGAAUGCAUUGGAAAAGAAAGUGGGAGACCAUGUAGGAAACUGUUGCAGAAGCCCACGGAAGAUUCUGGUGGUUUAGACCGUGCUGGGAUACCAAGAAGGGAGAGGUGGCUUGAUCGGUGUCUUUUGUUCCAGCUCGAUGAAUGGCAGGUGGAUUGGACUUUUUCCAGCAGAAGGCUUCUCCAUAAGCUCCAAGAGAAUAGGAACUACAUCUGUUUCAUUUACUCGCAUAUCCCUAGUGCCUAGAGAACGACUGGGCAUGUAGCAGCUGCUUAAUAUAAGAUGAAUGAUGGAGAUAGAAGGAACAGAUUGGGACCAAAGAAAGGCUGCUAAAGCUAUAAUGCCUACCUUCAACACAGGCCGCACACCGGACAGUGCCAGAGCCCGAGUCCAUUCCACUGGAAAUUACAGAGGAUAACAACAUGGAAAAGAACCCCCAGGAUGGUAGAAAAAGUCCACCCCACAGGGAACUGCCCCCUGUGGUGGGGCUGCUGCUGGCCAUGGUCCUCAUGAACAUGCUCCUCUACCUCUGCCUUGAUCAGUUUUUCAUUUCCCCUCGCCGUUCUGCCGGGGACCCCAGUCACUGUCCCUAUGGAUACUUCAGAAUGGGACAGAUGAAAAACUGCUCACCAUGGCUGUCCUGUGAGGAGCUGAGGACAGAAGUGAGGCAGCUGAAGCUCGUUGGGGAAGGAGCCGUGAAGAGGGUCUUUCUGUCUGAGUGGAAGGAACGCAAAGUUGCUCUCUCACGGCUCACCAGUCUGGAGAUGAAAGACGAUUUUCUUCACGGACUGCAGAUGCUGAAAUCCCUGCAGAGUAAACAUGUUGUCACACUGCUUGGUUACUGUGAGGAUGACAACACUAUUCUUACUGAAUAUCACCCCUUAGGGCCCUUGAGCAGCCUGGAAAAAACGCUAAACCUUUCCAAGUACCGGAACGUGAACACAUGGCAGCACAGGCUGCAGCUGGCCACGGAUUAUGUCGGCAUCAUCAACUACCUGCACCACAGCCCCCGGGGUACGCUAGUCAUGUGUGACUCCAGUGACCUGCCCAAGACACUGUCCCAGUACCUGCUGACGAGUAACUUCAGCAUUGUGGUGAAUGACCUGGACGCCUUGCCGCUGGUGAACCGCAGCUCUGGGACAUUUGUGAAAUGUGGCCACAGGGAGCUUCAUGGGGAUUUUGUGGCCCCAGAGCAGCUGUGGCCCUAUGGAGAGGACAUGCCAUUUCACGAUGAUCUCAUGCCCUCGUAUGAUGAGAAGAUCGACAUAUGGAAGAUUCCAGAUGUCUCUAGUUUCCUUUUAGGGCACGUCGAAGGGAGUGAUAUGGUCCGAUUCCAUUUGUUUGAUAUUCAUAAGGCAUGUAAGAGCCAGACUCCUGCAGAGAGACCCACUGCUCAGGAUAUUCUGGACACUUACCAGAAGGUUUUGAAUUCACUAAGAGACACUGUGGUGUCUCAGACAAGAGAAAUGCUAUAAAAAUAGUUCAAUUAGUGAAGAAUGGGAUUCAAGGAACAAGUGGAAUAGUUACAGCAGUUCUGCUCUGAUGGUGAGCUUGUUGCUGUUUAGACACGUGGUUCUUCCUCGACAUCCACGUGCACAUGUGAGUGUUCUUCCUCUCCUGGCGACCUGGGCAGAACUUGCUAAACAAGAGCAAACCAGGCUUGAUUUAAAUCUGGCUUUACUUUCUAAUGCUGAUCACUCCCAGGUGAAGAUGCAGAGAAGUAGUGAAUCCAACGAAUAUCUGAAGGAAGCAACAAAAAUGUAGCUACAAAGAGGCUUCCUCUACCCUAAUAACUGAGUUUGUAAGCUUGUAAGAAAUGUAGAGAUUUUUAAAUGGCAUUGUAUGAAAGAAACAUAGAGUAGUUCUCCAAAGAAUUUUUUUUAGAUGGUAAUCAACAUAUGGGUCACGGGAGUAUUUCUGGUCUAUUUCACAUGGUAUCGGUGACGCCAUCUUUGCUGUUUCAAAUGAUUGUCCUGUGAAGCAAUUCUGUGAAUGGCUCCUGUGCCAUUUUCCUGCCAACGAGCUAAAGGAGAACUAUGAUAGCAUGCUCUUUGAAAUGUUGAAUGGAUGAGGAGUAUUUAAAACAGCAAGUGUGAGAGAAAUACGUGUUAUGGCCUUGGAUAGUGCUUGUGAAAUUCCUAUUUACCUUCCAGCUGGGUUUUCCAUGUCCAAAAUUAAUUAUUGUGAACAUUUUACAUCAACACUGGUCUCAUCACUGGAAAGUAUCACACCCUUCUACUUGAGUUACAUGAUUGAAUUGUUCAAAAAGCUCUUUCUGUGGCCACUAUCGUCAUUUACAGGAUGUGAUGGAUUUGGUGCAUAUUAAUUGUCCCUAAUAAGAUAGUUAAAGCUGACGUUGAGGGGCAGAAUCACAGGAAUCACAGUGACCUGGGCCUCAUUCCAGAGUCCCUGACUCAGUACAGUCUGGGGUAGAGUCUGAGACUUUGCAUUUGUAACUGAUUCUCAAGUGAUGCUGGUGCUGCUGGUCUGCGGACCACAUUUUGAGAACCACUGCCCAUAACUGUCAGGGAGGCCACCACAGGUAGUAGAAUAGGGCAGUAGUAUAACAUUAGCCCCUAAUCUACCACCUGUGAUUGAUUGGGUACUAUGCUUGAUCAGAGAAGGUGCUUGCCCACAGUAUUUUAACUGUUGCUUUUUGUUAUAAAAACACAACAACUCCCUAGGAAGGACAGACAAUAAUAAGUAUGACAAAGAAGUGGAGAAUUGGAACCCUCAUUCAUUGUUGGUAGGAAUGUAAAAUAGUGCUGUUGCUUUGGAAAACAGUUCCUCAAAAAGUUAAAGUUACUAUGAUCCAGCAAUUCCACUCCCAAGUAUUUACCCAGGAGAAUUGAAAACGUGUCUACACAAAGAACAUCUCAAACUCAACAUUUCCCAGAUAACUUCUUAGUUCCAAAUAUGCUGUUUCUGUGUUUCCUACAUCUGUAAAUGGCAUACUGUCCAUCUGAUUUCCCAAGGCAAAAAUCUGGUUUAUGUAUAAUAAAGUGCAACCAUUUUAAGUGUACACUUCAAUGAGUUUUGAUACAUUUAUAUACUCUUGUCCCUAUCCCAAUAGAUAUAAAACACUUCUAUCUUUCCUGGAAUUUUCUAUACAUCCCAUCCCAUUCAAUCUUUUCCUCACUUCUGGUCACAGGCAAUGACUCUUUCUUUUUAGAAAGAUUAGAUUUUUUUCCCCCCAGAGUUUCAUAUGAUUAUAUAAAGUAUGUUACAAACCUUUCGUAUCUGUCUUUUUUCAUUCACUGUAAUGUUUUUGAAAUCUAUGUGUUGUAUAUAUCAGUAAUUUAUACCUUUUUAUUGAUGAGUAGUAUUUCAUUCUGUGUAUGUAUCAUAACCUAUUCAUCCAGUCAUCUGCUGAUGGACAUUGGGUCGUUUCCAAUUUGGGGUUAUUGUGAAUAAAACUGCUGUUAACAUUUAAAUACAGGUCUUUGUGUAGACAUAUAUUUUCAUUUGUCUUGGGUAAAUACCUAGGAGUGGUUUUAUGAUCACAUGUAAGUGUAUAUUUAACUUUAUGAGAAACUUCUAAACUUUUCCAAAGUAUCUGUACCAUUUUACAUUCUUGUUAGCAAUGUGUAAGAGUUCCAUUUGCUCCAUAUAUCUUAGCCAACACUUAUUGUCAGCCCAUUUAAUUUUAGCUAUUCCAAUGGGUGUGUAGUGGCAUCUCAUUGUAGUUUUUUUUUAAACACCUACAGCACCUGGUAUUCCUAGGUGGUCUCCCAUCCAAGUACUAACCAGUCCUGACCCUGCUUAGCUUCCGAGAUCAGAUGAGAUCGGGCAUGUUCAGGGUGGCAUGGCUGUAGCCAUUGUAGUUUUAAUUUGCACUUCCGCAAAGAUAAAUGAUGCUGCGAAACUUUUCCUAUGUUUAUUGGCUGCUCACAUAUCUUCUUUGGUGAAGAGUCCAAAUCUUUAGCCUAUUUUAAAAUAAUUUGCUUAUUAUUGAAUUUUAAGAGUUGAUUAUAUAUUCUGGAAUUAAAUCUGUUACCAGAUAUAUCUUUUGCAAGUCUUUUCUCACAGCCAGAGGCUUACCUUUUCAUUUUAAGUGUCUUUUAUUUAAGUUUGUGUUUUCAAAUAGUGUAUAUACUAUUUAAGAAAUCUUUGCCUAACCCAAGGUCAUGAAAAUUUCUCCUACAUUUUUUUCCGGGAGUUUUAUAGUUUUAGCUUUACAUUUAGGUGUAUAAUCCAUUUCUAGUUCAAUUCUGUGACCUUGCUAAAUACACUUAUAAGUUCUAGUAAUUUUGGGGUGGGGAUGAAGUGAGAUUCAAGAUUUUCCACAUAUACAUUCAUUCCGUGUUUGAAUAAAACCAAUUCGAAUGCUUUU